CGCACCCAAGACAUUAGUGUGAUAAUUUCCUGCCACAGCUCAACAAUGCGCAUGUUUGUGUUUCCUUGUCUCGCCUUGUGCUUGGCUAUGGUCAUCAGUGCCGAGGAAGCAGCUCAGUCUGAUAAGACAGUGGAAAAGCGUGGCUUACAUUUCGGAGACCAUGGUCAUCACCAUCAUCAUCACCAUGAACACAUCAAGACCAUAACCAUAGAGAAAAAGGUUCCCGUGCCCUAUACAGUAAUCAAGCAUAUUCCCUACACGGUGGAAAAAAAGGUACCCUACGAGGUCAAGGUGCCAGUGCCCGAACCCUAUGAAGUCAUUAAAAAGGUUCCAGUGCAUGUCAAGGAAUACGUCAAGGAAUACGUCAAGGUUCCCAAACCUUAUACCGUGGAAAAGAAGGUACCCUAUGAAGUCAAAUAUCCUGUGGACAAACCCUAUGAGGUAAAGGUACAUGUACCCCAACCCUAUGAGGUUAUCAAGAAAAUUCCAUAUGAGGUGAAAGUGCCAGUACCUCAGCCUUAUGAAGUCAUUAAGAAAGUACCCUAUGAGGUCAAAGUAGAGGUUCCCGUACCCAAACCCUAUGAAGUCAUCAAGAAAGUACCCUAUGAGGUAAAGGUGCCCGUAGAGAAACCCUACCCCGUUGAGGUGCCCAAGCCUUAUCCCGUGGAAGUUGAGAAACCCUACAAGGUUAUUGUGGAGAAAAAGGUGCCAUACGAAGUGAAAGUGCCCGUGGACAAGCCUUACAAAGUUGAGGUGGAAAAGCCCUAUCCCGUACAUGUCAAGGUACCUGUGCCCCAACCCUACACUGUGGAAAAGAAGAUACCCUACACAGUGGAGAAAGCCAUACCCUACGAAGUAAAGGUACCAGUUGAGAAGCCUUAUCCCGUUUAUUCAGAGGUCAAGGUGCCAGUCCACAAGGAAAUUCCGGUAGCUCAUAAAUAUCAUGUUGAAGUUCCCAUUUUCGAAAAGCAUGAAGAGCAUGGAGGUGGUGGUGGUGGUGGUGGACAUGAAGGCCAUGAGUCCUAUCAUCAUCAUCACUAG